GUCAACAUGUCAGCUGAAAUGACGUUUUGUGAGGCACCAAUAGGGGCGUAAAACAAUCCGCCAUUUUGUCUCUGAGACAAUUAAAUAUUUUUAUUUGAUUCAACCCGUUUUUAUUUAAUUAAUCCGUUAUCAAAAGUGAUAUUGGCAAAGCUGUGCAGUGUUUUACAAGUCUGUGAUAUUUUUGUGUACAACUAUUUUUGUUUACGUUUCAACGAUCUUGACGUUAUUAGUUGACCGAUUUUGACGUCGAACGGACAACUACAAUAUCAAAAUGGGUACAAGAGAGGACGAAUAUGAUUAUUUGUUCAAAGUUGUUUUGAUAGGGGAUUCAGGGGUGGGAAAAAGUAGCCUUCUUUCACGUUUUACUAGAAAUGAAUUCAACCUAGAGUCAAAAUCAACAAUAGGAGUGGAGUUUGCAACAAGAAGUAUAGAGGUGGACGGCAAAACCAUAAAAGCCCAGAUUUGGGACACGGCGGGCCAGGAGCGGUACCGCGCGAUCACGUCCGCGUACUACCGCGGCGCGGUGGGCGCGCUGCUCGUGUACGACAUCGCGAAGCACCUCUCGUACGAGAACGUGGAGCGGUGGCUGCGCGAGCUGCGCGAUCACGCCGACCAGAAUAUACUCAUCAUGCUGGUCGGGAACAAGAGCGAUCUCAGGCAUCUCAGAUCAAUCCCAACAGAAGAGGCAAAAGCAUUUGCGGAAGCGAAUGGUCUUAGUUUUAUAGAAACAUCGGCUUUGGACUCCACGAAUGUUGAACCAGCAUUCCAGAAUAUUCUUACUGAGAUCUACAGGAUCGUGUCGCAGAAGCAGAUGCGCGAGCCGCCGGAGGGCGACGUGAUCCGGCCGGACGCCGAGCCGGCCGACGUGCGGCCCUCCGCCGCCGACUCCGUGCGCAAGCAGUGCUGCCAGUAGCGCGCCAGAAAAUGUCCAGUGAAGUAUGUGGAAGCGAAUGGAAGGAACACAACGCAAGACAAUCAUUCCCAAACAAAUGUUGCCACGCCAUUCCUCCGUGGACAGUAUUAAAGUAUCCGCUUUAAUUAACUGGCAACCGUACGAGCUCAUGUAGAUAGCUUUGUGUAAUUUAGUGUCGGAUUAUUAUAAAUUUAUAAAAAAGGAAGUGAAACUUCGAGAAUGUGCUAGAAGCUUCUAGAAGGGUGUGGAAAGAUCGAGAAUGUUUGUCACCGACUGGAGAGGUUUCACUUCGUAACGUGAUUACACGUAGUUUUCAAUGCAAAAGCACACGGUUCGGUAUUUUUUAUGUUCGCUUAGAAAUUCAAACCGAUUGGUUAUAGAUUUAUUUAAGUUUUUAUGCGGGAAAAGUGGGUUUAUUGUAGUUUUACAGUUUCCGUGUAAAAACAAAUUUAAUUGGACAAUACUUCAAAAACUUGAUUAUCAUGAAUUAUCAAAUUGUUAAAUUAAACAAAAUGAAUAUUUUAUUCAGCUAAAUACAUUAUUGCCACAAUAAACUCACUUUCGGACCGCUCUAGUGAAUAAUUCAUAAUAUUGUAUUUAUUUAGUUAAUGAAAUUGCCAGUUCACUUGAACUCAGUUAACAUACACUCGAGCAAUAAUUUGGGCUGAUAUGAUAUAGCACACAAUAGCUUCAUAAUCUGAUUGUUUCGCCACGGUUCUGUGUAAAUUAUAAAUAAAAUAGUCUUUGUUAAGUUAAUCGUUUAAAAGUUAUGUAAUCGGGAUGUGUAUAAUAAACCGCGAUUUAAAA